AUGCGGCGUCUAUCGCGGCCAGCAUGCCACCUGGCGCGGCCAGCCCGCAGGAGCAGCAAGCAGAGCGUGAGCGGCUCUUUACUUGCGCUUACCCAGCUCCCUCGCCGCUCCCUCGCCGCUCCCUCGCCGCUCCCUCGCCGCUCCCUCGCCGCUUCCUCGCCGCUCCCUCGCCGCUCCCUCGCCGUUCGCUCGCCGCUCUCCCCGCUCUCCCCACCCUCCGCUCUGUCCGCGUUAUCCUUGCGCUCCGCGCUCUCCUAUCUCUUCUCCCUGCUCGCUGCUCUCUGCUCCUCCUCUCUUCCUCUCCUGCUCUCUGCCAAUCUCACCUCCCCACUGCCUUCCCCCUUCCUUCCCCCUUCCUUCCCCCUUCCUUCCCCUUUCCUUCCCCCUUCCUUCCCCCUUCCUUCGCCCUUCCUUCCCCCUUCCUUCGCCCUUCCUUCGCCCUUCCUUCCCCCUUCCUUCCCCCUUCCUUCCCCCUUCCUUCCCCCUUCCUUCCCCCUUCCUUCGCCCUUCCUUCCCCCUUCCUUCGCCCUUCCUUCCCCCUUCCUUCGCCCUUCCUUCCCCCUUCCUUCGCCCUUCCUUCCCCCUUCCUUCGCCCUUCCUUCCCCCUUCCUUCGCCCCUUCCUCCCCUCUUUCAUUCCCCCUUCCUUCCCCCUUUCUCCCCCCCUUCACAUGCACGCACGCAGGCGCAGCGCUGCUGGCGUUCUGGGAGGCGACGGGGCGAAGAGAGGGGUUGGGGCGAGCGG